GCAGCCCGUGUCAGUGGCAGCAUGGUCUUCUGUUUGGAAAACGAGAUGCCACACCGUCUGCUGCGAAGCACCAUGGUCCAUUUCCAAGCCUCUGAAGUCCAGCAGCUGCUACACAACAAGUUCGUGGUCAUUUUGGGGGACUCCAGACCCCUGUCUCCCUGCAGUCCAGAGAGCUGUGUAUAAGGACCUGGUGCUUCUGCUCCAGAAAGACACACUGCUCACAGCUUCCCAGUUAAAAGCCAAGGGGGAGCUGAGCUUUGAACAGGAUCAGCUGGUGGCUGGGGGCCAGCUGGGCGAGCUACACAACGGGACACAGUACCGAGAGGUCCGCCAGUUCUGCUCUGGCUCUGGCCACCACCUUGUGCGCUUCUACUUCCUCACCCGUGUUUACUCCGAGUACCUUGAGGACGUCCUGGAGGAGCUGUCGUAUGGACCUGCCCCUGACCUAGUGAUCAUCAACUCCUGCCUCUGGGAUCUCUCCAGAUAUGGCCGCUGCCCAAUGGAGAGCUACAGGAAGAACUUGGAACGAGUGUUUGUACGAAUGGACCAGGUUUUGCCAGACUCUUGUCUGCUGGUGUGGAACAUGGCAAUGCCUUUGGGGGAACGUGUCACUGGGGGUUUCCUCUUGCCAGAGCUGCAGCCCCUGGCAGUCUCUCUGCGACAGGAUGUUGUUGAGGGGAACUUCUACAGUGCUACACUAGCUGGGAACCACUGUUUCGACGUCCUAGAUCUCCACUUUCAUUUCCGGCAUGCUGUACAUCAUCGUCAUCGAGAUGGUGUCCAUUGGGACCAGCACGCACACCGCCACCUCUCACACUUACUUCUGAGCCAUGUGGCUGAUGCCUGGGGUGUGGAGCUACCCAAACAUGACCCUCUCCCAGACACAUGGAUUGAGGACUGGCCAGAGAUGGCUCAUCCAUCCCAGGGAAGCCAUAAGCAGCCCCCAGACUUCAGGGAGAAGCUGGCCUUGCCCCUCCUCCCACCUUUCCAUUUGCCUCGUCCCAUGUCUUUUCCUUAUCCACGUCUUCAGCCCUCACCACCUCCCUUGUUCCCGCCCCUGCACCAGGAUGCCCCCUUUUCCCAAGGCCAGCCCUUUCGACGCUAUGAAUUCUUCAAACACAAUGCAAUGGAGGACUUCUCGGUGUCAUCUAACUUAGGAUGUGGCCCUGGAGUGAACUUUGUGCCUGGUCCCCUGCCACCGUCAGUCUCUGGCCCUGUCUCCCAUGGUCAACACCGGGGCCCCGUGGUCCACCGGGGCAAGCCACGUUGUGUUCCCAACAACCCCUACCAUAUACCAAGGAUCGGGGGGGCAUGUAGGCAGAGACUCAGGCACUCAGACAGACUGAUCCACACAUAUAAACAGGACAGACGGGGACAUGCCCAUUCAGGGACAUGGCCGGGGUAGACAGGAUCUAGAGGUGCCAAUGGCCCUGAAGGGUCUGCCUGAUACCCUAGCUCUUGGGUUGGGGUAUUUUUGUCCACUGCUGAUAUCAAUAAAAGCAUGGAAGGACAGAGUGACAUUCCUGUGUGAGGGAGUGGGUCUCCCAAACCAUGGCCUUAAGGGUUGGGGAAGCUGCCUCUUGGACCUUUGUACAAACUAUUUAGAAAUCAAUGAAUACAUUCAUUUAACACAGUUCUAUCUUCACAAGAACACAUAUGCUAAAUAAAGAUCCCAGUGGGUCCGUUGUUAUCAGCA